AGUCACGUGCUACGUAACAGGGGGUGAGCGUUGACGCUCAGUGUCCGCCUAAUCCGGCAGCCAUGAAUUCGUGGCCUGAGGGCGGUAAUGGCGCGUUACGUGUGUAGGAGGAGUUCGACGGAAUUUCCGUUUACCCGCGGUAAGCAUAAGUGGAUGCAGGAAGGAAAGAGACGGGUUGGCCACAAGUGGCGGGGCACCAGUGUCCCGAAAUUGGGCUCAGAAGCGCAUCCUCACAACUCCACUGCCAUUUUCAGACCACGGCAAGUAUAGCCGGGGUAACCCAAAAAAUGACCUCUUGCUCAGCCUAGCUCAGCUUAAGGCGG